AAUUUAAUUUUUGUACCAAAUUGGCCAUAAAAAAUGUACUAAAUCAGCCGAAAAAGCAGAAGAAGAACAAGUAAAAGUUUUAUGUUAGGCAAAAUUAUCUAAAUAAAAUGUUUUUUGUGAAAUCUGAAACAAAAAAAAACAGUGGCAUUUAAUGCAAUCAAAGUUUCACAAAAAUAUUUUGUAAAAUAAUUAGUUUCAUUGGAAAAAACAAGUUAAAUACCUAUAUUCGAUAUAUAAGUUAACAAUAAGUCGUUUACAAUUAGGCGUUUGUUGAAAAUGAGCUCUUGGAAGAAUGAUAAGGAAAUCGAAAUAUUUCGUGAAUAUCUGCGCAUCCCAAGUGUACAUCCAGACAUCGACUAUGUGCAUACACGCACAUCUAUAUUUGUAGCACCCGUCGUAGAAUUUCUGAGAAAACAAGCUGCCGACCUAGAGUUACCCAUUGAGGUUUAUCAGCCCGGUAGUCCCAGCAAACCAGCUGUUGUUAUAACAUGGGUGGGAGAGCAACCGGAACAACCAACAAUUAUGCUGAAUUCUCAUAUGGAUGUAGUACCAGUAUAUUCGGAAAAGUGGACCCAUCCACCAUUUGCUGCUGAUAUCGACAACGACGGACGAAUUUUCGCGCGAGGUGCACAGGACAUGAAAUGUGUGGGCAUGCAGUAUUUGGCAGCGAUACGAAGGCUACGAAAAGACGGUGUCACCUUAAAACGUACCAUACAUGUAACCUUUAUACCGGACGAGGAAAUUAGCGGCGAAAUGGGAAUGAAAGCAUUUUUGAAGUCUGCAGAAUUUAAAAAAUUAAAUGUUGGUUUUUGUCUCGACGAAGGCAUUGCAUCUGCUAAUGAGACUUUUUCAGUUUUCUAUGCCGAAAGAAGCCUUUGGCACGUUCACUUUUUAAUAAGUGGAACAUCCGGGCAUGGCUCUUUGUUGCAUAAGAAUACUGUAGGUCAAAAGCUCCAAAAUAUUCUAAACAAAUUAAUGGAAUUCAGGCAGAAUGAAAUUGAUCGUUUGGAGAAUGAUCCAUCUCUACGGCUUGGUGAUGUGACAACCGUGAAUUUAACGGUUAUUAAAGGCGGUGUGCAAAGUAAUGUUGUACCAUCUACGCUGGAAGUGGUUUUUGACAUGCGUUUGGCGUUGAAUGUAGAUCACGACAACUUCGAUAGGCAGCUAAGAGCGUGGUGUGUAGAAGCUGGUGGCGGUAUAGAAAUUCAAUAUGAGCAAAAGGAGGCAAAAGUCGAAGCAACAAAAAUAGAUAGUUCGAAUUUAUUUUGGGUGGCUUUUGAAAAAGCUACAACGGAGCUCAAUCUUAAAAUCCAACCACUUGUUUUUCCCGCUGGCACCGAUGCUAUUUAUAUUCGGGACGCAGGUAUACCAGCAAUUGGAUUUUCUCCCAUAAACAAUACGCCAGUGUUGCUGCAUGAUCACGAUGAAUUUUUACAAGCUGACGUUUAUUUAAAAGGCAUUGUAAUUUAUAAGAAAAUUAUAUCGGCUAUUGGAAAUGCAUAAAAUUAACCUAUAACGAGCAAUAUUAUAAAACCCACAGAAAAUUCUAUUGAAAUUACUAAAAUAAUAAAUAAAUAUUUUAACAAAAUUUUAAAGAAUA